AACCAGUAAGCAGCUGGUAGAUGAUUAAUUUGCUGGAGAUAGGAGUACUACUUAGGGAGAAGUAAUCUAAGCUAGGAAUAUUAGCCGCAUAUGCUGUUUCGAGCUCGCGUUGACUCGCAGCUGCGGACUGAUCCUACCAGCAUAUUCUUCGGCUUCCAUUUUUCUUUUGCCCCAACUGGGCACUAGCUGAUUUUCUUACUAGUUCUGUCUGUUUCUGAGUAUGCGGCUCUGUUUCGGUGCAAGCGACACACCCGCGCUGGGAAUUUGACAAUCUCGUCUCGUCUUGGCCGCAGCUGCAGUAUAAGGAAGGAAGGAGGAGACCCUGUAGCAGAGAGAGAGAGGGGUUGAUCCAUCCAUCGAUUGAUCGGCUAUGGAGAUCCUGAGCCCGUCGCCGCCGCCCAGCCCCGCCGCCUACGGCUUCCUCUACGGCGGCGGCUCUCUACCCCGCCGCGACCACGCCCACACGCUACUGCACGUCGCCGUUGGGAGGUCGCCGGAGAAGACGCUGCCGCUGCUGCGCUGGGCCUUCCGCCGCUUCGGCUGCGCACGCGUCGCCCUCGUCCACGUCCACCAACCCUCCCCGGUCAUCCCCACCCUCCUAGGAAAGAUUCCUGCCGCUCAAGCUACGGAAGAGCUCGUCUCCUCCCACCGCAAAUCCGAGAGGGACGAAAUGAGCAAGAUCCUCCUCACCUACAUCGCCUUCUGUCACAGGGCGCAGGUGCACGCAAGUAUUCUUCUCACGGAGAACGAACAAAUCCAUGACGGCGUCGUCACUCUGGUCAGGGAUCAUGGGGUUACGAAGCUUGUUAUGGGUUCUAUACCGGAUAAUUGCUUCAAGUUAAAAGCGAGCCACAGCAAAGAAUAUUUCAUGGCAAAGAAUGCUCCAGCAUUUUGUGAAAUUUGGUUUGUAUGGAGAGGAAGACACAUCUGGACCAGAGAAGCAAGCGCCGCCAUCAACAACAGCAUCUCAAUCUACAACCAAGAUGAUAUUAUGAUGAUCAGAAAGAGAACUAGGUUCAGCCCAAAUAGUGACGAUGCUGAAUCCAUACUUGAUGAAGGAUACAUUACUUGUGGGGCGUCAACUGCAGCUGAUCUUCGUGAAGGCAUUGUUUCAGAUAAUAGUCGAUUGAGUGACUAUGGAGCUCUUGGAGCUGAUGUCAACCAUUUGUACAAUAAGAACAUUUCAAAUUUACAAGAUGCAGAAUCUGCAUUCAACUCAACCUUCUGGCCUGAAUCUCCACUUGAGUUCCAUUCUAAGCAGGAAAUGUUGGAUACAAAUAUCAAGCAAGUCAUGAUCGAAGCUGAGGGGUCAAGGAAGGAUGCUUUUGUUGAGCUUCUCAAGCGCAAAGACACAGAGUCAAAAGUGGCCAGUGCUUUCGUCAGGGUAAAAGCUUCCGAGUCUUCCAAAAGACGAGAAGUAAAACUAAGAGAGGAACUGGAAGGUGUAUUCCUAGCCACAAGAAAGCAGCAUGAUGAUCUGGCAAGACAUAAAGAAAAAGCCACAGCUGUGUUGGACUCUUCUAAGAGAAGAUUAGAAAUCCUAGAUUCUCAUGCUAACAACAUGAGGUUUCGGAUGAAUGAAGCUGCGGCAAAGCUGGAGGUGAUUCAAUCUUCCAUAAAGAUUCUUAAGCAGGAAAAAACAAAAGAAAACAAGCUAGAAGAUACAUAUAUUAACCAGGUUGAAGGGUUUACAACCAGCCAUGAUCUGUACACCGUUAGACAAUUCACACUGUUAGAUGUUCAAGAUGCAACUUGUAAAUUCUCAGAGAGCUUCAAAAUACGGCCAGGAAGUCAUGGGUAUGUUUACAAAGGAGAAAUUAUGAACAGGAGCGUUAUGAUUCAUAAGUUGCACUCACAACGCAUGAAGAGCUCGAUGCAGUUCCAGCAAGAGGUGUACAUCCUUAACAAGGUGAGGCACCCUCAUCUAGUGACCUUGGUUGGUGCAUGCCCAGACGCACUGUGCCUUGUCUACGAGUAUCUGCAGAAUGGGAGCCUUCAUGGACAUCUCUUUAGCAAACACUACGAUACCCCACCAUUGCCAUGGAAAAUCCGUGCACGUAUUGUGGCAGAGAUCUCAAGUGCUCUACUGUUCUUGCAUUCCUGUAAACCACAGAUGAUGGUUCAUGGUGGAUUGAAUCUUGAGAACAUCCUUGUAGAUACCGACUUUCACUGCAAAUUAUCCGAUCUUUGUUUACUGAUGGAGCACACAAACGAUCGUCGCGCAUUUGGUUCUGCGCUACUGGCACACAAGUCUGAUAUGCAUUCCUUCGGCACUGUGAUACUCCAAUUACUGACUGGUAAACAGCCUGGUCUAGGCCUUGCAAUUGAAGUGAAGCGGGCUAUGACUUGUGGAAAGCUAUCAUCGAUUUUAGAUCGCACAGCUGGGGAGUGGCCUAUGCCGGUGGCUCAGCGGCUAGCAGAGUUUGGACUCGAGUGCACCAUGGACAGGCUGGAGCUGACUCCGGAGACGGUAAGAGAACUGGAGCAGCUGUAUCUGAUCAGGGGAAGACAAGCACCAUCAUUCUUCAUGUGCCCAAUUCUCAAGGAAACCAUGGGUGACCCUCAGGUGGCUGCGGAUGGGCUGACGUACGAAGGACAUGCCAUUCGUGAGUUGAUAGAGAAUGGCCUAGCGGUGACCGAUCUGAAGCUAAAGCACCUCGAUCUCACCCCCAACCAUGCCCUUCGGUUUGCUAUUCAGGAUUGGCUCUCACAGCCUCACUGAUGAUGAUUCUCCAGCUGCUUCAACUGGCAACUAGAUUAGAUAGAAGGAGCCCUUUUUUGUAUAAUAUAUGCUUAUGUACAUUAUGGUACUAUGUUAGCUUAGUGCAGUGUAGGGGAUGAAUAUUCUAUUUUUGCUUAUUGUUUUGGUACAGUUGUACAAAUUAUGAACCUUUGGUUUCACUGGUGAAUUUUUUGUGUGGACAACUUGUUGGAUAA